CACAGGUACACACACAAUCCCACACAAUAAACAGCAAAAAUUCCAUCUACUGAAGAAAAAUAAUAAUACAGUUUCAAAAACCCCUUCUUGGUUUUUGUUUUAAUUCUCACUUUCAUUGCAUUUUUCCCCGUCGACAAGUGAACACUUCAUUGUCGUGUGUUUCGCGUAAUUUUUUUCUGUUGUCAAAUUUUUUUGUCACCGUAUAGUUUUGUCUUUUUGCACACAUCGCUAAUUUGCAACACGUCAAUUAUAUAUUUCCGUUUUCUCCUGGCACCUUGUUUGCAUUUUUUUUGUUAUCAUAAAUUUUGUAAGUGAAAGGAAGAGAAACUAAUCCAUGAUAAGAGAUAAGGAUUAAAUUAAUUUAACAAUUUUAGAGAUUCCAAUGCAAUUGAACGUAAUGAAAUGAUGCUGAUGUAAAAUUAAAGUGUUUUGAUUAAAGAAAAAAAGUAAUUUUUUGCGCAGUGUUGCACGGGAAGGAGAUAAAAUUAAAAAAUAAUAAUUUUCAAUCAGAUUUAUCCCAACUAAACAAACAAACAAAUCAGCAUCAUGGAUAUUAAAUUUUUAAACGUGUUAAUCCUCGGAUUCGGGUUUAUGUUUGUUUUUACUUCAUUUCAAACGAUGGGAAAUAUUGAGAAAACCAUCCUAGACAGUAUAGCUGAAGAAGAUAAAACCUUUAAAGGUGAUGGCUACACAAGUCUAGCUGUCAUCUAUGCAUCAUUUGCAUUAUCCAAUUGGUUAGCGCCGUCAUUUUUAUCAUUUACUGGUCCAAGAUGUGCAAUGCUUGUAGGGUCUUUAACCUAUACCCUCUUUAUGGUCGUAUUUCUAUGGCCAAGCACAUGGCUUCUCUAUGUAGCCAGUGCAAUUCUUGGAGCUGGAGCUUCAAUCACAUGGACUGGCCAAGGUACAUUCCUGGCUCGAUGCAGUGACCCAACGAAUAUUUCGAGAAACUCAGGAAUUUUCUGGGCCCUCCUUCAAUGCAGUAUGUUCUUUGGAAAUCUCUUCGUUUACUUCCAGUUUCAGGAUAAAAGCACUAUCGAUGCUGAAACAAGGCAACUUGUCAUUGGAGUUCUCAUUGCUGUUGCAAUCUUGGGUAUCGCCUUUUUGGCCACUUUGAGAACAGUCGAGGACAACUCAACACCAGAUAGAGAACUCCAUGAAGUUAAAUCUGGAUUUGGAAGUGCUCUAUAUGCUAUGAAAUCCGCUGGGGAAUUGUUUAUGACCAGAGAUAUGUUGCUUCUUAGUUUGGCAUUUUUCUAUUCAGGUCUUGAGUUGUCAUUCUUCAGUGGAGUUUAUGGUUCAUCAAUUGGAUUCACAUCUGCCAUAUCGGAAACUCCAAAAGAAAUUGUUGGUUUAGCUGGAAUAUUCAUUGGAAUUGGUGAAGUCCUGGGAGGAGGUCUAUUCGGACUUUUGGGUUCCAAAACUACACGAUAUGGUCGUGAUCCAAUUGUGAUUGUCGGAUAUAUAAUACAUCUCAUUGCGUUUUUCCUGAUAUUCUUGAAUCUUCCUGACGCUGCUCCUUUCCAAAGCACAACAGACAUCUCUUAUUUGGAUCCACCAAAGGCUUGGUUGGCUUUGUUGUGUGCUUUUUUGCUUGGUUUCGGCGAUGCUUGUUUUAAUACACAAAUUUACUCAAUGUUGGGAGGAGUUUUUGUGAAGAAUUCUGUUGGAGCUUUUGCACUCUUUAAAUUCACACAGUCUGUUGCUGCAGCAAUCAGUUUCUUCUAUUCACCAUAUUUGGGUUUGAGAGCUCAACUGAGUAUUUUGGUUGUUUUUGGAACAAUUGGCACAGCAUGCUUUUGCGUUGUUGAAUGGGCGGCGAAAAAGCGAACAAAAUCAAGCAACUCAGAGUCUUCUGACUCGAAAUCAGAUUCACAGUCUGUUUCGAGUUAUGAAAAAUAGUUUAAUUUCUAUGAGGAAGAGGCUUUCUAUUAACUAAAUUCUUUUUUCAUUCCAACAAAAUACAUAAUCAUUGUUAUUCAUAUAUAAAGUAGAGACAAAACAAAUACAUUACUUAUAUUCCAUUUAUAGUUAUUAAUUAAAAAAAAAAAAUCAAAUUUUUAAGGACAAUAAGAAAAAAAUUAUAAGACACAAAUUAGUCCAUAUACCAGACACGAAUUUAAUUAUAUUAUUAUUAUUAUUCUUGACUUCGUGUUAAGUUCACAUUAUUUUUGUUGAUUUAUAUAUAUAUUUUUUUUAUUUUAUUAUUAAAACUAUAAUUAUAAGAUAGAUAUUAAUUUUUUCUUAGUAUUAAUUUAAAAAAUGCAAUAAAUAGAUAAAAUAUAUAUUUUUUUUAUUAAACAAAUUCUAAAUAUAAUAUCAGUAGAAACAUUAUAAUACGAGUAUAUACAAUAUACAUUCAUUCUGAAGGAUAUGCCAAAAAAAAAAAAUGGUUGAAAAAAGGGACACGAUUUAUUUUUUAUAGUGUUCGUGUAGGAUCAAUAUUUAAGAAUUUAUAUAAAAAAAUCUGAAAGAAAUAAUAAAUUAAUUCUAUAAUAA